UGUCGAAUGUUGCGAAACAAAAUCUAAACCAGAGUUGGUGACGCCGUUCAGCGACACGUCAACCACACGGAAGAAGUUCUCUGUCCAACUAACCUGUCACUGCAUUUCUGAUACUGGGAGCGUAGUCUUACCAAAAUGGGUGGUUUCUUCUCUAGUCUCUUCUCAGGCCUGUUUGGCACCAGGGAAAUGAGGAUCUUGAUCCUUGGUUUGGACGGUGCAGGAAAGACAACCAUUCUGUACCAGCUGCAGGUCGGAGAGGUGGUCACCACAAUCCCCACAAUUGGCUUCAAUGUUGAGACGGUCACAUAUAAGAACCUUAAGUUCCAGGUGUGGGAUCUCGGAGGACAGACAAGUAUCAGGCCCUACUGGCGGUGUUAUUACUCAAAUACUGACGCAGUGAUUUACGUCGUUGACAGCAGUGACCGUGACAGGAUGGGCAUCUCAAAGUCUGAGCUGGUGGCCAUGUUGGAGGAGGAAGAGCUGAAGAAGGCGAUCCUGGUGGUGUUUGCAAAUAAGCAGGAUAUGGACCAGGCAAUGACACCCACAGAGGUGGCGAAUGCUCUGGGACUCCCUGCACUCAAAGACAGAAAAUGGCAGAUCUUCAAGACCUCAGCUACAAAAGGCACAGGCCUGGAUGAGGCAAUGGAAUGGCUGGUGGAUGCACUGAAGAGUCGGCAGUAAAGGUCUCCCAUCCAUUCUGUAUAUACUCCUUACCUUUGACUCUUGUAUGAAACUUUGUGACUGACCCCUCCCCAUAUCCCACCUUCCUCUGGACCUCUGAUUGCACUCCCUCCCUCCUUUUCCCACCUGAAGCCUUGGCCAAACCUUCCCAAUGCUUUUGAAGCUUGGGACUGAGAAGCAAAGGCUGCAGUAACGUAUAGACUAUGCAGACACUCACAACACAUGUACAAAGCCCAGGUGAAGGUUUUAGAGAACUCUAGGACCACAGUGAUGGAUGGGCAACAGGUUAUCUACAUUUUUAUAUGUGUAAGAAAUGCAUCCAAAUGUCAGCUGAUUACUCAUUAACUCAAUUCAUUAAUUCAUUAACACCUGUGAACAAAAAUUUUAAGGUUUGCUAAUUUUAUGAAUUGAUUUGUAAACAUGUGAGCACUAAGUUAUUACAAAAUAAGAUGAAUCAAUGAAUGAAGCUCUGUAGUAUUUCUGUAAACAGGUGUCUUCACUGGACGCUAUCAUUUAGCAUCAUCUUCUCUUCGAGAGGUUAAGAAAUUAGCAUGUGGUAAAGCCAGAGGAUUUGAUGGGCACCAAUGACAGUAAAAUCAAGCAAGGGAGAUCCACAGUGAGGCAGCAUUUUACCACAAGGGUGGGAACAUUAUCCAAGGUUGAACAAUAGACAUGUUAGUUCUGUUCCUGACCUGAGCAAACUGACUAGGACACAUCAUCAUUAAGCAGCAGCUGCUUGACUGCCAAGUUAUUAGUGUUUAAUAUGUUGGACUAAUAGCCAUUGAUUUUCAUCUUUAGUGCAGCGCUACAGCAUGAAGUCCCACUCUGGAUAACCCAUGUCUUUGUAAACAAUCUGCUGACUUACCUAAAUAUUCUCAUUUACUUUUGGAAAUGGCAAAUUGUUGCAGAAUUAUUUCCAAACUGUUAAACAUCCGCUAUGUCCUCUGGCCAAGUGUUAUUGCAGCCUAUGCUGUGCUUCCAGUAUACAGUGAGGCAAAUUCAGUGUCAUGGAUUUCUUUUUUUCCCUGCAGUUUAUUCCUGUUGUAAAGAAAAUAGUUUAGGGGUCAAAGCUUUUUUUCCCCAUUGAAAUCCUUGAGUGCAGCUUUGGCAUAUUAGUCAUUUAGUUAAUGAACAAUAAACUAUAUGCUCAAA